GACAUAUUUUGGUAUUCAGUUUGUGGUAACGCUGCCAACAACUCGCCUCCCCGCUCCUUUUCACUUUAGCGAGGCAAAAUUUGUCACAUUUCCUUGGCAAAAUUUGCAGUUAGUGAUUGAUCAUUAAAUCAUCUUGGGUAACGUCAAGACUAACGCGUAACACAGCAGACAAAGUAACACUAGCAACAACGAAGCAAAAUGCCUAAGAAUAAGGGAAAAGGUGGCAAAAAUCGUCGUCGUGGAAAGAACGAAAAUGAAUUCGAAAAGCGUGAACUGAUCUUCAAAGAGGAUCAACAGGAGUACGCACAGGUGACCAAAAUGCUGGGCAAUGGUCGCUUGGAGGCAAUGUGCUUUGAUGGCGUCAAACGUCUGUGUCAUAUUCGGGGGAAACUUCGUAAGAAGGUGUGGAUCAAUCAGGGCGACAUCAUAUUGGUGGGUUUGCGUGACUAUCAGGACUCGAAGGCUGAUGUUAUAUUGAAGUACACACCCGAUGAGGCCAGAAAUCUGAAGACGUACGGUGAAUUCCCUGAAUCGGUGCGCAUCAAUGAGACAGUCACAUUCGUCGAGGAUGGCUUCGAUGAAGAUAUUGAGUUCGGCGAUGAGAUUAGUUCAGAGGAUGAUGCUGAUUCCGUUGACAAUAUCUGAUUAACAAAAAAUAGAGAAGCAACAUCGGGGGCGAUAACAGCAACAACAACAACAAUAACAGCAACAACAGAAGCAUCAGCUGAAGAAGUAGGGAAUUAAACAAAUUUGUAAAAAGCCGACAACAAAACAAAAAUCAAUCUCCCUUCCCCACAAAAAAAAAUAAACAAACAAAUAAACAACAUCAACACUCACACCUUCCUUAAACACUCACAAAUUCACACGGACAAGCUUCGAGGAAAGAGACUAGAGAGCAAUACAUCCUGUGCGGCAUUAGUAACAACUGCAAGCGAGAAAAGGAAGUGACAAAUCCAUUAUUGAAUUCAGCAAUAAAUCUUUAACAAAUUUAGCGUUAUUCUUCGACAAA